CGAACGAAUAAGCUCAAGCGAGGUACAUGCUCGCGAAGCUCCGGCCACUCAUGGCGACGGCGGCGAGGGCGAAGCCCGCGCCGGCCGUAUCGUUUUCUACGGCGGCGGCGGAGGCGGCGGAGGGAGACGGCCACGUGCAGUACAACCACACUGACGCGUGCCACCACCUCCGCUGGACUGCCAAGGAGAGCUACGAGUACAUGUACGCGCGGCCAUGGAGCAGGGUGGUCGACUUCUACGCCGAGCUCGUGUGUACCGGCGCCGGGGCAGCUGGGCUAGCCGAUUUGUUUGGGAAGGAUGAGAUUUUCCUUCCACAGAUUGAUUACACCCUUGAUGCUAAUAGAGACGAUUGCACACCGCCAUCAGAAAAACAAGCAUCAAUGAAACCUUCUAAAGAUCGAGGAGGCAGAUGGGAAAGAGUAACCUUCAAGAUUGUUCUUUCAUAUCAUGGGGGCUCAUUUGAUGGCUGGCAGAAGCAGCCUGGCCUCAACACUGUUCAGGGGUUAGUGGAAAAACAUCUCGGCCAGUUUGUUGAUGAGAAGAAAGCUAAACAGCUUGAAGCAAGGUCUUUGCCAAUAGAAGGCUGUGCCAUUGUUGCUGGGCGCACUGACAAAGGGGUGACUGCUCUUCAGCAAGUUUGCUCAUUUUAUACAUGGAGGAAGGACGUGAAAUCUAGAGAUAUAAAGGAUGCAAUAAACAAGGCCACACCAGAUAAACUAAGACUUUUGCAUGUUUCAGAGGUCUCACGUGAAUUUCAUCCUAAUUUUGCAGCCAAAUGGAGACGAUACCUGUAUAUAUUUCCUCUUGAUGAGGAUGCAAAACCAAUCUCAGGGGAAGAACAGCCCUCUAAAAUACUAGAAGGUUCUGAAUACAACAUAAAACCUCAAAGCUUUAAUGUGGUUAAGGUUGACAAAAUCAUUAGACAACUAGAAGGAAAGUCACUAUCUUACAAGAUGUUUGCACGUGAUACACAAGCUUCACGAAGUGUUGGACCACCUACAGAGUGUUUUAUGUUCCAUUCUCGAGCUUCAGUGGUUAAACUACAUUCUGCUGAUGAGAAUUGUGAAGAAGGCAUGAGGGCCAUCUGCAUUGAGCUAGUCGCAAACAGGUUUCUGCGCAAGAUGGUUAGGGUACUUGUUGCGACUGCCAUAAGGGAGGCUGCUGCUGGUGCUGAAGAAGAUGCUUUACUGAACCUGAUGGAAGCCACUUGCAGGCGCGCAACUGCUCCCCCAGCACCUCCAGAAGGCCUCUGCCUUGUUGAUGUCGGAUAUGAUGAUUUCAACAGACAAAGGUGCUUCAUUGUUGAUUAAACGAAAGCAAUUACCGUCCUAUUGGAGGAAAACACGACAUACAUGAUUCAACAAUUGAAAAUCUGAAAUUUCGGAUUCCUAAUAAGAUAUAACAAAUCGUUCUGAACUUAUAGGCAGUACACUUCCAUGAAAUCUGACCUACUCAUAAUUUCCAUGUAAUCAGCUGGAUUUUCUUUUUGUAUUAUCUGGUAUUAAAAAUGUACUAGCGAGUUUUGUACUAAUUCUGGUUGAGUAACCUUAAUCACUAUAUCACCUGUAAGCAUUUCAUGAUUAUGGACAAGAACACUGCAGUUGAGUAGAAUUUCU